AUGAGCCCGGGUCUGGCAAGCGCAUCCUCGAAUGCCUCUCACACAGACGGGUUCCGCCCAAAAUUCGAUUCCUCCGGAUAUAGAUUUGAUGGGCGAAGCUAUGGUGCUGGAGCCUCGGCUGGAUUAAUCAAGAUACCCAACGCUUCAGUCCCCGCCUGGUAUAAAUACUACGAAGUGGGCUUAAAGACCGAAACCACAUGCAUGCGCAAUGAAUCAGCCGCGUUUUCGAUCGGGUACGCGGAGUCCGAUGAUGCCAAGUUUCGUCACGAAUUCACGUCUAGUGGAACAUUUGCAAACGGGGUUGGGGUACCAGGACACUAUCCCAUGCUCGCACCGCAACGGCAGGACAUAUUCAUUUGGGCGGUAGGACAUGCUGCACCAAAUAUGCCUUCGGCGAACAAGACAUUAGUGUCAUUAGCUGUCGAUACGAACACAACGGCAGACGUCUGGGAUUUCCAUCAAUUCGACAGGGUCCAGUGCGAGCUUACCUUCGAGGCUACCAAUUUUUCCAUUAUGGUCAAUGCUACUGGCAAGACUAUCAAAGUCACGGACAAUGGUUCAGUGCCCACCCCAGAGUGGGCAAACGUUGUAUUGAAGCACCUCGACGAUCCGUUCAGCCGCUACUCAGGCAACGAUCGCAUUGUCUAUGGCUCACAAUUAGGCCACUCGAUUGUGCUCAACGUCAACCAGCUACGGAUGCUACCGGAUUUCAAAGAUGAUAAAAGUGACAAGACUCUAUUCCAAGGGCUCAAGGAUUACAUAGAAUCGCUCUUUGACAAUGGCGUCGGAAUGCUCUCUGCCACGCGCCUAAUCGGCGCGAAUCAAACCGUCGAAGCCCCAGCCCUUGUUGGCUUGCCUGCAGUCACAUAUGGGAAGCCGGCUUUCGUAUAUGCGCUGCUUGGAAUCAAUUGCCUUAUUCUGUUGGUCUUCCUCAUCGAAGCAACUCGAACUCACUUCUGGAGAGGCAUGGCCAAGCUGCAGAUCUCAGAUGUCGGUGGUGUCAUUGUAGCGGCUUCACAAGGUGGUGAUGCUUUGGCCGCGAAAGCGAAUGGGAAGACUAAGAGAGACAUCGGAGAAAUCACCGUACAAUUGGUCAACUCAGGAGACGAAACUAGGGAAGCGAUUGUCCUGUCGGAGAGGAUGGGCAGUGUAAGAGAUGAUGGCGGCACCCGCAGGUCUAGCGACACCGUGCGUUUAGUUCCAUUGCCUGCCAGGGCGUAUCGCGAUGAUUAG